UAGAGUGGGAGAAGAAAGAAACCAAGAAGCGAAAGGAGAAGGGGAUUAGGGCUAAACUUGGCAAGAAGAUCGGAUGGUGAUCAACGCCGGAUAUUGCCUAUAUUCUUGGGUAGAGAUCAUCCUUGUUAGUAAGGUUCCUAAUCUUUGAGUUGAUCUCCUUAAAUCCUUUUUGAUGUCAUUUUAUCCAUCUUGGGAGAGGAUGAUGUAUGCAUGUCUUGUUAGUCUCUCCUUGAAUACUCUUGUCUUUGGGUCUGUAUACCUCUAGUUAGCUAGAGAGAUCCUUGUAAACUCCAUUAUUUGACAUAGUGGAAAUAUUGUAAGAGACUCCAAGGAGUCCCUUGGUUUUUCCCUCAAUUCUAAGGGUUUCCACGUUUGCUUGCGUAUUUAUCAUUUUUGUAGUUAUUAACCCUUUCUAGGGUACAAAGAAGGAUCGUAAUUGCACUCUUAAGGGUUGUAUUUAACCUAGAAGGGCCUUGAGCCCAUAUGGAGGUAUAUGGAAGUGUUCAGGGGGCAUAUGAGGGGCAUAUGGAAAGUAUAUAGAAAAUAAGAAAGUUUUGCUUUAAGGCAUACGGGUUCCAUACGGCACUGAUAUCCCUGGAAGACAUGCAAAAACCUGGACUGAAACUGAAACUAUUUGCCAGAAGAUAGAUGAGAUUCCACAUGGUCAAAGAGUAAGUAAGCUGGCCUGGCCCAAUCUGGUUUGUGAACCAUAUAGGUCUGGUCUAUUUGAGAUACUUUUCAUCCAAUUCGAAGCCACAGGUCAGUUUCAACCGGAGUAUGGCUCAAUCUCCACCACCUGAGAAUGCUCCACAAGACGGCGUAAUUUUUGAAGAUAGGGUCCUUGUACUGAACAAGUAUGGGGAAAUGCUUGUUGGAGUGUUGAGCAAAGCUGGUUCUAGGAAGCUUGUGAUUCUUUGCCAUGGGUUCUGUUCUUCAAAGGGGGAUAGAGUUAUGGUUAAUCUUAGUACGGCGUUAUCAAUGCAUGGAGUGAGCAACUUCAGAUUUGAUUUUUCAGGAAACGGUGAAAGCCAAGGCCAAUUUCAGUUCGGCAACUAUAGAAAGGAGGCUGAGGACUUGCAUGCUAUAGUCCAACAUUUUUCUGAAAAAGGUUAUGAAGUUAUUACUAUCGUUGGCCACAGUAAAGGAGGAGAUGUGGUGCUUUUAUAUGGUUCCAUGUAUGAUGAUGUUGGGGCAAUCAUCAAUAUUUCAGGUCGUUUUGAUUUACAAGAUGGGCUUGAAGAACGCCUCGGAAAAAAAUUUAUGGAGAGAAUAAAAAGAGAUGGGUAUCUUGAUCUUGAUUUGAAGAAAGAACAAGGAAAAGUGAUUCGGGUGACUGAAGAGAGUUUAAUGGAACGGCUCAACACUGACAUGAAAGCAGCAGCUCUCUCCAUUAGCAACAAAUGCAGAGUCUUGACUGUUCAUGGUUCAGCAGAUGAAAUUAUACCAGUACAAGAUGCUUUCGAGUUUAGCAAGGUCAUUCCUAACCACAAACACCAUAUUAUCGACGGUGCUAAUCAUUGCUAUACUGAGCAUGAAUCUGAGUUAGCUUCUAUUGUUGUUGAAUUCAUAAAAUCCAUUCAGGAUGAAGGUGUUGGAGCAACUGGAGGGAACUAGAGCUCCAUUCCAAAUUUUUCGCUGUUUUUCGUGUUUGUUCCAUCAUCUCAGAUUAUAUUACCAUUUGCUCGGUUGUGAUCAAUGCUCAGCAUGAUCUUAUUAUCUUUGAAAUGUGCACUUUUGCAGACCUUGUAUUGUUAUGCAUCUCUGGACAAUUUCAUCAAGUCUUUGUGAUA